AUCGGUAAUCAAUAAUCCGGAAGAGGUCCGAAUAGCAAGAGCAAAUUGAGCGAAGGUAGAAGAAGCGCGACCUCUCGAAGGAUCCGAUUUAAUCUUCGGAAUCACCGAGCAGCAACCAAGCACUAAGAUUGCCGAGUAGGUGCUUUUGUUUUUGCAAGUAACAUGAGCUUCCCUGGAUCAUCACUUGGUUCUGGUAAAAGAUCUCUUGGCAGAGUCUUUGAGUUUGGUAAAACGCAUGUGGUCAGGCCUAAAGGUAAACACCAAGCCACUAUAGUUUGGCUACAUGGCCUCGGUGAUAAUGGCUCCAGUUGGUCCCAGCUAUUAGAGACUCUCCCACUUCCAAAUAUUAAAUGGAUCUGUCCAACAGCUCCGACUCAACCAAUACGUGUAUUUGGUGGCUUUCCUUCUACUGCUUGGUUUGAUGUGGGAGACCUCUCGGAAGAUGCUCCUGAUGAUGUAGAAGGUUUGGAUGCUUCAGCUGCUCAUGUGGCAAAUCUGUUGUCAACAGAACCUCCUGACAUUAAACUUGGUGUUGGAGGGUUCAGCAUGGGAGCGGCUACUGCCCUUUACUCUGGAACAUGUUUUAGUGUUGGAAAAUAUGGGAAUCACAAACCAUAUCCGGCCAACCUGAGUGCGGUAGUUGGUUUAAGUGGCUGGCUUCCAUGUGCAAAGACUUUGAAUAGCAAUAUGCAAGCAGUGGUGGAAGCCAACAACCGGGCCCAAUCCUUGCCUAUUCUGCUGUGUCACGGGAAAGGUGAUGAUGUGGUUGCCUACAAAUUUGGUGAGAAAUCAUCAAAGGCUUUAGGUUCAGCUGGAUUCCAGGACGUAACUUUUAAAUCCUAUAAUGGGCUGGGCCACUACACGAUUCCUGAAGAGAUGGACGAGGUGUGUGCUUGGCUAACUUCUAAAUUGGGUCUGGAGGGAAAAGCUGCAUAGAUGGUUUUUGAUUUCAAGUCAGCUAGGAAAAGCGCAAAGAUGUCAAAUGGAUACCCCUCAGAAUUUCUCUAUGUAUUCUCAGAAUUUCUACUCGGUUGAUUCAACAAUGGUAUAUGUAAACAUUUGAUGUGCCCCUUUGACAGAAUCGUACUUUUGAAACAAUUUUAUAAAUAUGGUGGGGGGAUGUUGCUGAAUGCUGAGGUACUUUUGCAGGAGGCUAGACUUUUAUGCAUUGUUAGUUUGUCACUACCAUUGUAGGCUCGAUUCUUCUCAUUGAUGUUAUUUUCGAACAGGGGAUUUUAUUCCUUGAACUAAUGUCUAAAUUAUGGAACGGUAGUAUAAGAUCUAAAUUUCAAAUUA